UCUUUUAGAUGUAACACACGAGGCAGCAUCGGCGAAUCCCGGCGUACGUAGACCUUGGAUCGUACCGUUGGCGCGUCUGCCGCACCGAGGGCACCGAGAGCGAGAGAGGAGUUCGAGGAGAACGAUCAAGCGCACGCGGCUCGCGCGGCAGCAGCAGCAGCAGGAUAUACGAGGACUGUCUCGUCGUUCACACACGAUCAGAGCGCGGCGGAGUUUCACGUACGGCCAUGCAUCUCGCGACGUUACUGUGGGUGUCGACGGCGGCGGCGUUAGCCGCCGUGAGCCUGGCGUUGCCGACCAACGACAAGAGCGGAAGUGAGAACGACCUUAUGGCGACCAUAUACGCCGACUGUCUGAAGAAGGAGUCCAUCAGCUGCAUCAAGUACAAAGUAUUCACCUACGUGGACAAGAUGUUGGCGGACAAGGAGGACAUCACGCUGUCCGAGGGCAUCACCGUCGUCAAGACGUCCAACGCCGAGGAGGGUGCGCCCAGAUCUAUCGAAUCCAGCGACCUAGAUACGCUUCUGUUCGACCGCCUCGGCAGGUUCCUGAGGACGCACUCGGUUAAGGUUGACUUGAAGGGCAGCGACAUUCUGGGGGCAAUCGAGUCCGCUGGGCGCAGCUUCGAGGACUUCAGCGACAACGCCGUGGAGAGUCGCGGCAAGAAAAAGAAGGCGCAAAAGAUCCUGGGACCGUUGAUGAUGGCAAUGGCCCUGAAGGCGGCCGCGCUGCUGCCGCUCGCGCUGGGCGCGAUCGCGAUGAUAGCCGGCAAGGCGUUGCUCGUGGGCAAGAUCGCCCUCGUGAUCUCGGCCAUCAUCGGGCUGAAGAAGCUGCUCGGCUCGCACCAGAAGCACGUGACCUACGAAGUGGUGUCGCACCCGCAUCACAGCAGCAGCCACGUCGUCAGCCACGACGACGGCCACGGCGGCUUCGGCGGCGGUGGUGGCGGCGGCGGCGGCGGCGACUACGGCGGCUACUCCGGCGGCAGCGGACACGGCUGGGCCAGGAGUCUGCCUCAGGACGCCCACGAGAUCGCCUACCGCGCCCAUCAGCCGCAGACGCAGGCCUAAUCGCCACCACCGCGGAACCUCUCGCCUCGCGUCAUGCCCGUCGCUUCCUCCUGCGUCUUUAUCCUGCAACCCCUCGUUAUCUUUUCUCUUUCUUCUUCAUCUCCUUCGUCCUAUCUCGCUCGCAUCUGCUUCCACGUCUCCUCGUUAUCCUGAUCCUUCCCGCUGUCUUCUGUCCUCCUCCACCUGUGUCGCAGCAAUGUGCAAUAUCUCUUCCAUCUACAACUAUUACGACUAUACUGCUACUGUUACUGCUACUGCUACUGCUACCGCUACUGCUACCACUAGACUCCCUGUUCUCGUCCUCGACAGUUCCCCGACGACACGUGACUCUCCGAAAUCGUGGCGCGCGAAACCUCCGCGUGUCCCUCUUCUUUCAGCGCUUAUUGUCAUUUCCCUUUACGUCCCUCUUCAUUCCUCUGUCUCUCUCACUUCCUCUUCCCCUACUUGCUCUAUCCUGCGCAACGGUCGGCUCAUCCUACGGCCAGUCACCAGUACCUCUGGGAAAUGCUCAUUGUUUUAUAUAUGUGUGUAGAUUUACGCGAGCUCGUUAUUUAUUAUCUCGUUGUAUAUCUUAUUACUAUUAAUAUUUAUUUGACCGUUUGACUGUGUGCUUCCACUACAUGACACCUGCUGUGUGUUCUUCUUUUGUCUUUUUUAUUUUUUUUUUUUAUAAUAAAAGAACGACAAAAAACAGAGA